CCUUCAGCUUAAACAAUAAACAAAUUUCCCGUGCAACGAUAAGGAUGUUCUAAAUUUAUCAAGUGAAAAUUCAAAAAAAUAGUAAACAGAAAACUUCCAAUAAAAAAUGCCGAAACGCAACCGUGAAACGAUGAGCAUCCACCUCGGACAGGCCGGUGUGCAGAUGGGUGAAGCAAUCUGGACCCAGUACGGUCUGGAGCACGGCAUUGGAAUGGAUGGCCAACGGAUGGCAGAGAUGGCGGACGGAUGCGACACACAGUUCCAUGAGUGUCCUGCAUUUUAUUCCGAGAACGGUGAAGGGCGCUACGUCCCGCGGGCCGUCUUCAUCGACACGGAACCGAUGGUGAUUGACCAACUGCAGGCGGCUGAGAUCGGUGAACUGUUUAACCCGGACUAUCUCGUCCGCGGUAAGGAAGAUGCGGCCAACAACUAUGCCCGCGGAUACUACAGCCUAUCCCACCGCACGCUUGUCGGAGCACUCGAAGCCAUUCGGCAAAUGGCGGAGGACGCGGACAACUUACAGGGCAUGCUGCUGUACCACUCGUUUGGAGGAGGCACGGGUUCCGGCGUGACGGCACAUCUGCUUCAGCAGCUAGAGGAAGAGUUCCCGCGGAAGACUCGCCUCUCGUUUUCCGUCUAUCCUUCCCCUUACCUGUGCACGAGCGUCGUCGAACCGUACAACACCGUGCUGAUGACGCACCGCAGCAUGAACAGCAUGGAGUGUUCGUUUAUGAUGGACAACCAAGCGAUCUACAGCAUUUGCAGUUCCAGGCUUGCUAUCGAACGGCCCAGCUAUGCGAACCUUAAUCAACUGAUCGGUCAGGUUGUUUCCGGUGUGACGGCCUCGCUACGCUUCGGGGGCGAUCUCAACGUAGACAUGAGCGAGUUCCAAACCAAUCUCGUCCCUUACCCAAGGCUACACUUUCCACUGAUUUCUUUCGCACCCAUCAUUACCUGUGAAAAUGUUAACCAUGAAAAUCAUGAUAUCGGUGCAAUGACGAGGCAGCUGUUCGAACCCGCCUGCCAGAUGGUCCGGUGCGGGUCGCCCAGACGGGGCAAAUACAUGGCCUGCUGCCUGCUCUACCGAGGGCACAUACUGCCGAAAGACAUUAACGAAGCCAUUGCAAGUAUCAAGGCCACGCGCAGUGUGCGGUUCGUCGAUUGGUGUCCCACCGGGUUCAAGAUUGGCAUUAACGCGAUGCCUCCGAAAAUGGCCCCCAAUGGCGAUCUAGCGCCGGUCCGACGGUGCGUAACGAUGCUCGCCUCCACUACCGCCAUCUCGGACGCGUGGAGCAACAUCGACGAGAAGUUCGACACCAUGUACCGGAAGCGUGCGUUCGUGCACUGGUUCGUCGGGGAGGGCAUGGAGAUGCAGGAGUUUAGUGAGGCUCGCGAAAAUCUCGCCUGUCUCGAGAUGGACUAUCGGGAGGCAGAUAGUGGAGUGUCCAGUGACGCGUCUGAAUUUUAGCAAAUCAAGCAAAUCAAACAAUUUCGUUUCGGAAAAGAUAAAAAUGGCAACAAACGCACACACACACACGCGCACGGUUUUCGUCAACUAUAUUCACUAAGUAAGAUAUAUGUACUAAUAUUUGCGUUUAGAGGGCGUGUUUGGGCGUUCUGACGCGCACGCAUUUAAUCGUUUCGCAUGAUUAAUGGUGGUAUUAGUUAUAAGAUGCAAAUGGCGCUUGUUUUUUGUUUUCUUUUUUUUUUGAGGAGGACUACGCGUCCUCUACCAAUAAUUUGCGACCAUCAUUCAUUCAACCGCGGUCGGCUUUCUAAUUGUUGCAGCUUCUACACAUGUUAGCCAACGGCGGCAUCCAGUACCGGUCCACGGUGAGAAGUUUCGCAACGUUCUUUGCUCAAAGGUAGCCUCCUUGUUUGCCUCCUUGCCUUCGGAGCAAGUGACGCAUGGCGCGCAUCAACCUGAAUGAUUAAAACUAAAAAAAAACCAAUAGAACACAUGCUGUUUGUGCCUAGCUCCUCAGCUCGGUAGCCUGCCUAAUGAUCACAACACGCAACUAGACGAUCAAAGCGGCUUGGUUAUUGCGCUCGUGC